UCUGGUCCAAACAAACAAAAAAAGAACAAUGCUCCGUGUAAUAUGCAGCAGGAGAGGUGACCCAAUUUUCCCGCCAAUUACGAGUAACCUUUGACCACUCACUCUUAACAAUUUCAAUCCUGAUCAGUUUAAUCCGUUUUCCGAAUAUGGAAAGCAAAGACGAUUCCUGUUCCCGCCACUGAUUUCUCUCCACUUUCCCUCAGAAUUCUCAUCGGCCGAUCACCGGAAACAGAAAAUGGACGGGAUGGAAGCGGAACCGCCGGCGAAGAAUCGGAAGAGCAAGAAGAAGAGGAUCGGGCUGGGGAUCUCCUGCAUGCUCAACACGGAGGUCGCCUCCGUCCUCGCCGUGCUCCGCCGCCCGCCGCCGGACCUCAUGGCGGCACAAUUCCUUUCCCAGGAGGAAAGCUACGACACCGCGCUCGUCCACACGUUCAAAUCCCUCCGAACCCUGGUCUUCAACCCGCCGCAGGACUGGCAGACCAUGGACCCGGCCGUCUACCUCACCCCGUUCCUCGACGUGAUCCAGUCCGACGACAUCCCCGCGGCGGCCACCACCAUCGCCCUCUACUCCGUCCUCAAGAUCCUCAACGUCGGGAUCUUCGACGAGCGCACCACGGGGGCCCGCGACGCGAUCAACUCCGUCGUGAUGGGGAUCACGGGCUGCCGCCUCGAGCGGACCGACCCGGUCUCCGAGGACGCCGUCAUGAUGCGGAUCCUGCAGAUCCUGACGGCGAUCAUGAGGCACCAGGCCGCCGUCCUGCUCACCGACCAGGCCGUCUGCACCGUCGUCAACGCCUGCUUCCAGGUCGUCCAGCAGUCCGCGAGCCGCGGCGACCUGCUGCAGCGGAGCGCUAGGUACACGAUGCACGAAUUGGUGCGGAUGAUCUUCGCCAAGCUGCAGGACAUCGAGGUGAGCCCCGACCAGGAGUCGGAGACGGACAUCGACGACGCCGAUUUCGACGGGAACUUGGACUCCGGGUAUGGGAUCCGGUGCGCCGUGGAUAUCUUCCAUUUCCUCUGCUCGUUGCUCAAUGUCGUGGAAGUUGUGGAGAGCGAAGGGAAUUUGUACAGGACUUCGGAUGAGGAUGUUCAGCUUUUCGCCCUGGUUCUGAUCAAUUCGGCGAUCGAGCUGAGUGGAGACGCCAUUGGCGAUCAUCCUAAGCUCCUAAGGAUGAUCCAGGACGAUCUGUUCCAUCAUUUGGUUCAUUAUGGAACUUCUUCCAGUCCGCUCGUUUUGUCCAUGAUCUGCAGCACUGUAUUGAACAUUUACCAUUUCCUUCGCAGGUUUGUUCGUCUGCAGUUGGAAGCCUUCUUCAAGUUCGUGCUACUACGAGUGGCAUCAGCUGGAAUCUCAACUCAGCUUCAGGAAGUGGCAAUCGAAGGAAUCAUCGACUUCUGCAGGCAACCGACCUUCAUCAUCGAAGCAUACGUGAACUACGACUGCGACCCACUCUGCAUCAACGUGUUUGAGGAAACCGCGAAGCUGCUCUGCAAGCUCUCGUUCCCGGGGGCCAGCCCGUCCCCAUCACUGCAAGCUCAAGCCUUCGAAGGUCUCGUCGGAAUCAUCCACAACAUCGCGGAGAACAUCAACCGAGAGGGCGAUUCGACCCCUUCGGGUCCCUACCCGGUUCACCUGACGGAGUACAGCAAGUUCUGGAUGGACAAGCCGCUCGACGGCAGCGAAGCUUCCAUAUCGUACCUCCGAACGAGGAAAGCUCAGAAGCGGAAGCUCCUGAUCGCUGGAAACCAUUACACUCGAGACGACAAGAAAGGGCUGGAGUAUCUCCGGUUAAGCCUGAUGUUCCCCGACCCACCGGACCCGAGAGAUUACGCCUUCUUCUUCCGGUUCACCCCCGGGUUGGACAAGACCAUGAUCGGAGAUUACCUUGGCGAUCCUGAUGAAUUCCACAUUCAAGUCCUGAAGGAGUUCACCUGUACAUUUGAAUUCUCCGGUAUGAUCCUCGACACCGCCCUACGUACUUACCUUGCCACGUUCCGGCUCCCCGGAGAGUCGCAGAAGAUCCAGAGGAUUCUCGAGGCCUUCUCUGAGCAAUUCUACGAGCAGCAGCCUUCCGACAUCUUCGCCGGAAAAGAUGCGGUCUUUGUCCUCUGUUACUCUCUCAUCAUGCUCAACACCGACCAACACAACCAUCAGGUUAAGAAGAAGAUGACGGAGGAAGAGUUUAUUCGGAACAACAGAGCAAUCAACGCCGGCCAGGAUCUGCCGAGGGAGUACUUGUCGGAGCUUUUCCAGUCCAUCGCCAGCAAGGCGAUCUCGCUCUUCGGUCAGACCGGUCAGCCGGAGAUGAACCCGGGGUUAUGGGUCGAGCUGAUGGGCGCUUCUAAGUUGCUUCAACCUUUCCAUCUCUGCGAUUUCGACCGCCGGCUGGGGCGGGACAUGUUCUCCUCCGUCGCCGGCCCGGCGGUGGCAGCUCUCACGGCUUUCUUCGAACAGUCCGAAGAGGACGAGAUGUUCCACGAGUGCGUCGAGACGCUGAUCUCCGUCGCCAGAAUUUCUCAGUACGGGCUGGAAGACACGCUCGACGAGAUGAUUGCGUCGCUCUGCAAAUGCUCGACUCUGCUGAACCCUUACGCCUCGUCGGAAGAGACUCUGUUCGCGUUCAGCCACGACCUGAAACCCAGAAUGGCCGUGCUCGCAGUGUUCAGCAUCGCGAACAAUUUCGGCAGCGCGAUUCACGGAGCGUGGAGGCCUAUUUUGGACUGCCUGUUGAAGCUGAAGAAGCUCAAGCUUCUUCCACCAUCGGUGAUCGAGCUCGACAGCUCGUUCUCCGAUUCGGAACAAUCUCGAAACGACGGAAGCGGUGGCAGUGGCGGAGGAGUAAUUUUCCCUUCUUCCUCUCAAGAUCAGAGAUCGCGGCAGCAGAGCUCCACCUCCAUGAUCAGCAAAUUCACGCACUUUCUCUCCCUAGACAGCAUGGAGGAAUCAUUACAACUCGGGCUGAACGAAUUCGAGCAGAACCAGAAGGUAAUCAAGCAAUGCCAAAUCGGGAGCAUUUUUACAAACAGCUGGAACUUGUCCGACGAGACUCUGCUCUACCUCGGCCGCUCUCUAAUCUUCGCCUCUGCCGGGAAAGGUCAGAAAUUCGCUACUCCGGUCGAGGAGGAAGAAACCAUCGAGUUCUGCUGGGAUCUAAUCGCUGCCCUCUCCUUCGCCAACAUCAACAGAUUGCAAAACUUCUGGCCAGCAUACCACGAAAAUCUGCUCGAAGUGAUUCACUUCCCUCUGUUUUCACCAAUCCCAUUUGCAGAGAAGGUGAUCAUCGCCCUCUUCAGAAUCUGCCUGAAGCUCCUAUCCUCGGCGAGAAUCGACAAGCUCCCAGAAGAGCUCAUCUUCAAGUCCAUCAACCUGAUGUGGACGAUCGACAAGCAGAUUCUGGACACGUGUUGCGAAUCGAUCACCAAGUCGGUCAGCAAGAUUCUGUUCGAGUACCCAGCCAACUUACAGAGCUUUCUGGGCUGGAAGUCGGUGCUGCAUUUGUUAUCGAUCUCUGGUCGCCAUCUGGAGACGUACGAUCAGGGGGUCGAGACGUUGAUCAUGUUGAUCUCCGACAAAACCCAUGUGUCCAGGACGAAUUAUGCAUUCUGCAUCGACUGUGCAUUUGGAUUCGUCGCCCUGAAGAACAGCCCCCUGGAGAAAAACGUGAAGAUUCUCGACCUGUUAGCCGAAUCAGUCACGUUGUUAAUAGACUGGUACAAGAACUACUCUGACCCGGGCAGUAGCGCGAAUUUCAGCACAGCAAGCACGGGGAGCAACCCCGAUAUCAGCCCAUCCACAUUCUCGAUCAACCUGUUCAUAAAGCUGGGAGAGGCGUUCAGGAAAACCAGCCUGGCUCGACGGGAGGAGAUAAGGAACCAUGCCAUCAAGUCUCUGCAGAAGAGCUUCGAGCUGGCCCAGGAGCUGGACUUUUCGCCUGCCAACUGCUUGAACUGUUUCAACCUCGUGGUGUUUGCGAUGGUGGACGACUUGCACGAGAAGAUGAUCGAGUACUCGAGGCGGGAAGGGGCGGAGAGGGAAGUGAGGAGCAUGGAAGGGACGUUGAUGCUGGCGAUGGAGCUCCUGACCGAUGUCUAUCUGCAGUUUCUGAAGCAGAUUGCGGCGAGCCCCGGGUUCAGGACCUUCUGGCUGGGUGUGUUGAGGAGGAUGGAUACUUGUAUGAAGGCUGAUCUUGGGGUGUAUGGGGAGACCAAGCUGCAGGAGGUGAUUCCAGGGUUCUUGAAGAAGAUGAUUACGAGGAUGAAAGGAGAUGAGGUUUUGGUUCAGAAGGAAGAUGAUGAUCUGUUUGAGAUUACCUAUAUUCAGAUACAGUGGAUUGCCCCUUCUCUCAAGGAGGAAUUGUUUCCUGAGUUGGAGAUUUAGAGGGCCAGUUUUUAUUGUGGUUUUUAGGUAGGAAAUUUUGGCCAAUUCUUUUGUUCAUCUGUGUAAUUUAUUGAGCAAAAAUAGAUAUGAGUUGUGGUACUAGUUUGGCUAACUGGAAUGAGCGUGUAUACAAUCAACUAGCGACGUUUGGAUCCAAUGUGGUCAAAUUCAAAUGGAUAUGUAUCUAAUUGAAAAGUGAAAUGAAUGUAAUGCGAUCGAAUGAAUUUUUUUUUAUCUGAUUACAAUCCUCCUAAUUUUUUUUUAUCUGAAUUGAAUUGUUUUCAGAAUUCUUGCUCUUCUUCACACAAGGAUGUCCAGAAGAAGAGGACCAAACCAUAGCCUCAACACAACCCAAGUAUCGAAAGAAUCCAUUAGAGGCUUGCUUCUACAUCCAACUUGCUUCCACUCCAUCUCUGUCUUCCUCUUCUCCCCUCUCUCAAUCUCCACUACUUGACACCCUUCAUCGAUCACCUGCUUCGAGGCUAUGUACCUCCUCCCCUGCUACUCGAGCUCCUCUUGAAGAUGUCUCUUCGUGUCGUUAUCUGCUUCCCAUCGCCGCCCAACACCUUCUUGCCCCUGGGGAAAGCAGCAACAAUUCACGUCGUUUCCAACAGUCACUAUGGAGCCAUUCUAGACAUGAAGUGGGAUUCGAAGUAGAGCGGUUUGGAUGAGGCUUCUCCGCACGAGUGUAUGCAAAUUCCUUUUCAGUCAGUGUCUCUCUGGAGGUUUUUGCAGUUAGCUUGCCAACAAUACCAAUCGUACUAGCUGCAUGCGGUUUACUUAUGUUCACACAUCAUGGAAUUUCUAAUAGUUCUGGCGCUCCUUGGGUCCCCAUUUUGUCUAGGGUUUGCACAUCUAAUUGGUUUUAGGUAAUCUGGCCAAGGUUGUGGGCUUGUGGCUGCCCUAUGACCAGAUUUUAGGGGGUUUAUGGCCUUGGUUGAGGGCCAAAUGCUCUAGCAGCCAAGAGGCGGCAGACAGCAUUGGCAAUGAGCUUGUUGGGGAAUAAAGGGUUUACAGUAGUGGAGCUUUUGUUUGAGGCUUUAAGCUCAGAAUGCAAAGAGGGUUCAGUUUUGGUAAGUCUCUUUGUUGGUUUCUAUCAUUCUAUGUAUUGUUUUUAUCUUUCAUGCUGGUUUUCAACACAGGGAUGAAUGUUGUGUUCUACCUUGCAUGUAAAUUCUAGGCAUGUCAGUACUGAGACAAUGAAGUCUGGUCCUUUCACUGCAAUUUGAAAACAAUUCUAGUCCUUUUUAUGUUCUGAAAGCCUAUGAUCAUGAUUCCAUGUGGGCUUUUAGACUGCAAAUCAUUAGUAAUUCGAUACAUGCACAACAAAUAACAUUGAAACAGGGCUCGUGAGAAGUACAAAAAAUGAUACAAAGAGCAGCGGCAGAAGAGUUAAAUUUAGCUAUUUUCGGAUGGUCAUUGCAGAACUUCCAAUCAAAUCAAGAGCGUGGAAAACCAUGCAAUCUCCAUACCUCUGAUCGAAUACAUGGUACAGCCUGCCUACCUGUGUUUGCUUCUCUAGGAUUGAGGUACUUGUUGGCAUUGCUGGGUAGAAGAGCAUGUUUUUUCUUCAAAAGACUGCCAGUUCAGGACUCCGCUGCAUCUCUAUCGACCAUCCACAGUCGGAAGGCGAACACCCUUGGAUUGCCCUGUUUAGUAGCAAAUGCAAUAUGAGCUACAACGUUAUUCAGAAAGUCGUUGAAAGAAUAUGAUGGACCAAACAAACCCAUUCACAAGGU